GGAAUCGUGGAAGCCCGUGAUAAAAGGCAAAUGGCCGCCGUAGCGUACGAGAGCGGGUUACGCGUAUGACGUUUUUUCUCCGCGGGUCAGUUGUUGACGGGCACGGCAUGCACUAGACGUGUCCGCGCGCGGUGUUGAUCGUGUCUCGUGAAAGAACGGAUCGUAUCGUGAUGUGAACGGGGGCAAAAGAGGAAGGCGGAAGGCUCGAACGGUUGUUUCCGUGGCCGGCGAUGGACGGUGAGAAGGCCAGUAGUGCGGUGAUGAAAUCGGUGUCGGAGGGUGAGCUGGGCGUGGAAGAGGUUAAAUUGUCCGACUCGAAGGGACGUGAGUCCGCGUCGCGUUUGAAGCGUACGUUCACGUUGCCAAGGAACCCGUUCCAGAACGCUAGGAUGUCACGGCGACGUCCGAAGCCUGGCCGUGAUUCGAAAGACAACAGCAGCGGGACGAGCGGCAACAAGGAGCGAAACAAUAUGCAGCAACAGCAAAUGGAAAGCAUGCAACAGAAUAUGGGCCGACUGCACGGCACCGGGCAGACCUACACGGAAAGGAUCGGCCCGAAGAAAGUGUUCCGCAGGCCGUCCUGGAGGAAGUUCAUCAACAGGAUGGUGCAGCACAUGUCGAACGUGGCCGUGCAGAAUCAUAAAACGUCCCAUAGGGACGAGCUCGGGUCCAGUGCCGGGGACAUUAGGGUCCCACCGCCGAGGCCCGCGCAUAUACCGCCGGACCGAGUCCCAGGGGUCAUAGGUUUACGCAACCACGGUAACACGUGUUUCAUGAACGCCGUGCUGCAGUGUCUCUCCCAUACGGACAUACUCGCCGAGUAUUUCGUGCUGGAUCAGUACAAGGUCGAUCUGUCCAGACGGAAUAAAUUGAACUCGAAGAAGUACGGGACGAAAGGCGAGAUCACCGAACAGUUGGCCCUUCUGCUGAAGGCUAUCUGGAGCUGCCAGUACGAUCCCGAGAUGAGCACCGCGUUCAAGAGCGUCGUCGACAAAUACGGAAGCCAGUACCGCGGUAACUUGCAGCACGACGCUCAGGAGUUCCUGUUGUGGCUGCUCGACAAAGUGCACGAGGACCUGAAUCAGGCUACCAAAAAGAAAUAUAAGAUUAUCAAGAAUUCGUUCGGCCGUCCGGACGACAUUGUUGCAGCGGAAACGCUGGCGAAUCAUGUCCGGUGCAACAACUCGUUCGUGCACGCGGUGUUCCAGGCCCAGUUCCGAUCUAGUCUGACGUGUCCAAGGUGUCAUCGGCAGUCGAACACGUUCGACCCCUUCCUAUGCGUGUCGGUGCCUGUCCCCCAGAACCACCGACAAAUGAACCUUUUCGUGAACGUGUUAUACACGUCCCAGCAGCCGCGUCAAGUUAAAAUUGGCGUGAGCGUGAACCAGACUGCCAACGUGAGAGAAUUAAGAGAAAUUCUCGCGAGUGACACCGGGAUCGACGAGAAUCAUAUGUUACUCACAGAAGUCCACGACGAAGGAUUUCACAGAACAUUCUCAGAUUGCCAACCUCUAUCUGUGAUCACCGAAAACGACCCACUUUACUGCAUAGAACUGCCACAACUGAAGGAACCCACGGAGCAGGCAUACAUUCUUCUGGUAUGGAUCAACGUGCUUGUCAAAGGAGACCUCAGGCAACGCUUUGGCAGUCCGUACACGAUGCAGGUCUCCAGAGAGACAUCCUACGAAGACCUGCAAAAGCUUCUGCUAAAGGAAAUGCACAGUGUUCUGGCCGACGAUGUUCUCACGUCUAGUCAAAGUCCUGGACUGUUCAACAUUCGGGUUGCUGAUCCAGCUGCCACACCGGUUCAGGACGAACACCCUUGCAUAGAUCCCUGCGUAGAACACCCUCUUUACACGGAACAAAUUGAGCAGGCGUUGGCUCUUUGCGCCGACGAUUCUGGCCCCCAACACGUGAAACUGAUCUUGGAAUGGGACGAAGCUACGAAAUGCAACAUCAUUCAGGACGACAGCGAUCAGAUCGAGGAACACGCGAGUGUGAAACAGUUGAAAACUAAUUCUGAACUGGGAGGAGCUGUCACUCUCGAAGAAUGCUUUGAUCUCUAUACGAGAGCGGAGAUCUUGGGCGCUGAAGAUGCGUGGCAUUGUCCCUACUGCAAUAAAAAACAAGAAGUUGUGAAGAAGUUGGGUCUUUGGUCGUUGCCCGACAUCUUGGUGAUACACCUGAAGAGAUUUCGGCAACAAUCCAGACAGAGGUCCACGUCGAAGUUGACUAUGUUGGUCGAUUUCCCGUUGUAUGGGUUUGAUAUGACUCCCCACUUAGCUCAUAACGGAGUUCAGGCUCACAACAAUGUCAGCAGUUUGGGAGGCUUAGGUUGGUCACCCUGGAAGAAGCCCAGACCUCGUCAGCAGAAUAUUCCGAAGUACGAUGAAAAUGUGUAUGACCUUUACGCGAUAUGUAAUCAUCAUGGCCAAGAUUUGCAGGGUGGUCAUUACACCGCGUUCUGUCGGAAUCCAUACGACACUCAGUGGUAUUGUUUCGACGAUACCAGAGUGGAAGCGGUGAACGACACAAAUCUAAUCACUAAUGCCGCCUAUAUGUUAUUUUACCAACGAAGAGGACUGACAAACAAUUCAGGAACUUCUUCGACAGCCUCUACCAGUUCGACUGGUUCCGGGCUUGAUCAUUGGGUCUCGAAAAUGCCACCGUUCUAUUUCAAUAACAAGACUAACAACAACGUGACGAAUAAUAACCAAAGUAAGUCGCAGGAGGUACUCUGUCAAGAGAAGAUCGUGGAGGAGAAGAAUAUGACUAAUUUCAACAGAGGCUGUCGCAAUUAUGCCACACUGCAACCAAAGAAGAGAAAUGUUGCGACCGAGACUGACAUUGGUCAAAUAGAUCAUUAUUCGGACGAUGAAGCACCCUGUAGAAGGGAAUGGGCUUCACCGAAACCCGUUCGAAAGAUGUCGUCCAUCACGUUGAUACCGCAUGUGCCACAGUCAACGAUCAUCCACAGCAGUAGCGAUCCAGACACAACGAUUAUCCACGAGUCAACUUUGUAACACACAAUUUAAGCCAGACACAUGAUCUGGCUGGAGCACCGCUCAAUGUGUAGUGCCUGGAAUGUGGUGUGCCGUAAACUCUCCAAAAAAGCUAGUAUAACCGGAAAUACAGACUAUUACCCGCGAAGCUUAAAUACAUUCGUUUCAUAUCGAGAGAAAUGUAGGUUAGAAAGACUUUGAAGUAAAGUCGCUCCGAAUUUCUAUGCGAAAAUAUGCUUUCUCUUUGUAAGUAGGCGUCGAACGUGCAAAGAAUACGAGUGCCACAUUUAAUUCUCUUGAUAUUAUAUUUCCAGGAAUACCAGAUGGCAACGUUCGACGAGUAUUCUUCCGUAUAUGGGAGCGUAACUC